AUGCUUCCCUUAGGAGAGACAGUCGCUGUCAUUGACAAGUCCGGGAAGGUGGUUAGCUCGAGCAAGCACCUUUUCGGUGUCUUCAAAGAAGCCAGAUCCGCCUAUCGAUCUCGAAAAGCAGAGAUCCACGCUGAGCAGCGUGCCCGACAGGCUGAGCGGGAGGCUCGACGAGCCAUAGCUAAUUUCGAGUUCCAAGACGGCCGGUCAACAACUUCGUCGAGGCGCCAUAGAUCAAAAUCCGUGGUUCGACACGGCGAUUGCUCCAGCCGCUACCAUGGAGAGCCCCGUAGGCCUUACGAGGAUCUACAUUCAGUUGCAUCCUCGCGUCGAUACGGACAAACAGAGCUAGCGCGCCGUCACACAUCGGGAGAAAUUGGUGUUGCCCAGCCACCACCACACCUGCAGCCGACAAAUCGCUCACAUUCCGAACCGCACAUCGAUAUGGAUCUUGCAUAUGGCGAAUUCCACCCGUCAUCCCUCGAGCGCCUUCAGGCUCAAGAGCCGGAUCCCGAGCUAGAUGGUCUAGUGGGCAAAGUAAAAAGCCUACUGAUCGAGGCAGACUGUGCUCACCAUUCGGCGUCGGCUACAAUCGCACACUUACAAAAAAACCCGGACGCUAUGGCCGCCGUUGCUCUUACGCUCGCAGAAAUCAGCAAUCUCGUAAAAAAGAUGGCCCCAACGGCGCUAGUUGCCCUCCGGAACAGUGCUCCAGCCGUCUUUGCACUUUUAUCUAGCCCGCAGUUCAUGAUCGCCGCUGGUGUCGGGAUCGGAGUAACCGUGGUGAUGUUUGGCGGCUACAAGAUCAUCAAACAGAUCACAGCCGCCAAGGAGGCCAGUGCUCCCGAAGAGCCGCAAGCCCACAUGGAUGAGAUGAUGGAAAUCGAUGCUUCCCUCAGCCGUAUUGAAAUGUGGAGACGUGGAGUGGCCGAGUCCGAGGCCGAAAGCUGCGGCACUUCGGUCGAUGGGGAGUUCAUUACGCCCACUGCAGCUGCUAUGUCGGGUAUAUAUCUCCCACAGCGAGUUAAUGACUUGCGAGAGCCCGACGAUGCAUCGAGCUUUUCUCGACACUCGAAGACGUCUAGGAGCUCUAGACGAUCAAAGUCUUCGAAAAGCGGGGAGAAGGAUAAAAAGAAAAAAGAGAAGAAAAAGGCCUCGACUCAACUGAAGCUCCUGUUUAAGAAGUUAUGA